UCUCAUUCUUUCAUUCUUCCAUCCAUCCUUUCGCCCUCUCUCUCCUUCUCAUCCUUUUUCAUCUUUUCAUCCUCUCAUCCCUUUAUCUUUUUUUAUCCCAUUUUAUUGACCCUAAUCUCAUUAAAAAAUCAUAAUCACCCUCUCCUUUUCUUAUUUUUUAGUUUCUUAAACCUGGAUUUGUCCCACUGGUGGCCAUGGACCAGGGUAAUGCCUCAACUGACGCCACCCCACAUCCAUUUGAUGACUACGACCAUGUGCGCGAACGGUCCGACUCCUCACUGAACUACAAUCAGAGUCGGAAUAGUAGCAAAGUUGCUCUACCCCUGACAGAGUCUUCGACUCAGCUUCCCGUUAGCUCAUUUGCCACAUCACACACUUCAGGCACCAUCACACCUGCGAACAAUUCGACCAUGAGUCUUAAUACCAGUGCGAAUACAAGCGCGGGCACAACUAUUGUUCCUACUCCUAUUUUCACUUCUUCAUCGGCUCAAAGCAUGGUUCAUUCAACUCGUCAUCACCAUACUAGUAAUCAUCCUCCUGUCACCCCACUCCAGACCUCAAGCACAGGUCUCAACCGAUGGGCCCAAGCAUUUUCCCCUUUACUUUCUUCACGGCGCAAGUCUACAGUCAUUGACAUACCCUCCACCCCUGAUAGCCAUAAAUCCUUCACGUUCGGGCUGUCCAGCUCUGUUCAUGCCAAUUCAGGUUCGCUCUACAACUACCAUUCCUCUGCUAGUCAGGAGCAUCUGGCCUCUUCCAACAUAAGUGGCGGCGGUAACGGCAAUAACAGCACCAGCAGUUUUCUUCCGCAUGAGAAUAAGAUUAAUUUUAAUUCAGGACGAUCGAAUCGAUCUCGAAAAACACAUCCAGGCGGGAUGAUUACUCAUGUAUCCGAAGAAUCAUCUGGAUCCGGAUCAUUUGCGGCACCACCCCACACAGCUACAGCGUUUCAUACGGGGUUGUCAUCUCAUUUUGGAGUGGGCUCGUCUUCUUCCUCAAUCAACCAAAACUAUCGUGACAGUUACCAUGAAUCUGGACAUAGGGAAGGCAAAGGGAGUAUAAUUAGCACUGGAUCAUCAGUUGUUGAAAAGACGCUCAAGAAAACCAAAGUGUUUUUCGAUGAAAAAGCCAAACCAAAAGCGCGUGCCGCAUCCCUCUGGUCUUUCUUAGAUGUGACUUUCGAGUUUGACCAGGCAAAGUUUUUUCAAGAGCAUGCAGAUCAAGUCUUUGCAGUUACACACGAUACUUUUUGGCACCAGAUCAACAAAUUCAAACAGAGGCCUGAUCGUAACAACACAUUACAGAGCAAAGAAGUGAUCGCAAUACAAAAGACGUUACUCCUACUUCGCCUCAUCUUUCUGUACCUGCCAGACAAGAUAAAGAAUGGAUGGCACAAAAGACCUAUUGCCAACAUAUUGGCACAAGUACUUUGCCACAAAAAUCAUCCUCGAAUUCGUAUCUUUGGAUUCCGCCUACUUCUUCUUUGGAUCAAUGACCAGACAGUUGAAUGCCCCGAGGCAAUAUACUUAUUCUCCAAUGCUAUUUCACUUGAUUUAUUCAUGUAUGAUGGUGAGGAUAUAUCAGUGGAUCAUGCAAUGUCAUCUCAAACAAAGUUGCCUCACAUCAACACCGGAAGCGCAGGACGUAGAGCAGCAAAGCAGGUUUCACAAUAUUUGGAACUGACUUAUGUGAAUCUGAACCAAGAGUUGUUGCAGUCCGACGGACCACCCAUUUGUCCUAAUCCAUUCCCGCCUACGUUUCAGGACAGCAUUCAACUCUUUCAGAUCUUUUUGGGAAAUAUUGUCCGCAUGGCCUAUGUGGGUGCAGGAUCUACACCUCCGCCUGGAGAACUUGAAUCUAUUAGUUCUCACCACCCACUCGAAGUAGAUGGCAAGACCGGAGAUGGUAUCGCUGUAGGCUUUGGAUUAGAUGCAGGAUUAGCCGCGGCCAGGUUCAUGUUUGACAUCAUCAAAAAAUACUACCUCGUCAAGCUGUUUCCAGAGUGUGCUCGAAACCUACAGCUCAUCAAAGAUGAAAAAGAAUUUGGAUACAAAACAUGCCCCCCAACAAUCCUCAGGACCAUCAUUAGCUUUGUUAUUCAAUACUGUCUUGACAGUAACGAAUUCAACUCACGGCAGGGUCCUACAUCCCCUGCUAUCCCCAUUCUGAAAAAAAUCGUCUAUUCGUCCGAGGCUAAUCGCGAAAUCAUGCAUGAGAUAGUUCGCCAGGGUCUUAGUCUUCCAGCAGGUCAUCCACAGUAUAAGGACAUUGUGCGUGGAGCAAUCCAUAUUAUGGGUGUCUGGUGUCUAAGUGGUGAGCAAGAGCGCCCAGCUUUUCUACGAAGCUCCGCCCCAAAUAGAUCACAGGUUCCUUCGAGCGUCUCGCUAGCCUCUCUGGGAAGUCAAGAGUCGGGAGGAUCACAGUCAGGAUCACAACAACAGACUCCUACUACGUCGCCUACAGAGCACUUUUCCACCUCCAACUCUUUCCUUCAACGGUACUUUCAGAUGCUGACAAAUGUGUUUGCAGAGAAUCCAGUGACGUUUAAUGAUCUGAGCUCAAACUCUUCAUCUGAGGCGCUUGGAACGACUGGUAAUCAAGUCAAACUGGAUUCCGAUGCUUUGUUUCAUCUCUACAAAGACAUUGUCGGCCUUUUUAGAGCAAUCUUGGCUCGCUGUCAGAUAGAGAUGGACGCGAAAAGCUGGGAGAUCUUGUUAGGAUCACUCUUGGAGAUUCAGAGAAGAAUUAUCAGCAUGUAUGAUAAACUAUCCUCUGUUAUGUCCUCGUCUAUUGAUGAAUUGCUAUCCUUUAUUAUCGAGACCGUGCUGUGUGCUUAUUCGAGAUGUCCCAACGUGACGGAUGCGCAGUGGAUUGCAUUAAGAAAAACCGUUACCGAAAGUUUGCGAUUUUCACAGACUGUCUCACAAUGGGUUAAAUGGUCGGUCCGAUUGACGAAUAUCCUCUCAAACGAGGUCUAUCAAGUUGAUCUGGAAGCUCAAGCUACACGUCCUGUUCAAGCCUCCGCCACUCGACACGCUCGCAAAAUGUCUGACAAAUUCCGACAUUCGCGCUACUUUACGUCCAAGACUGAAAAUCCAAUGCGUCACUCAAUUGGGGGCGAAUUGCUAUCCUCUCAAGGUAUUCCUUAUACCCAUCAGGCAUAUCCACUCUUGACCCUGAAUGCACAAGAACGAGCAUCGUCUCGUCGUGCAAACAGUGUUCAAUAUGACCCUGCGAAGCAAGGUGGACCGAACACAAAUACGAGUGGAACAACAUAUACUCCUACUCUUUUAGGACAUAGUUUCUUGUCAAAUCGGGAUCAAGGAGUGGGACGUGAGUUUCAUUCGAGUGUCAGAGCAACAGCAGUAGAUGUUGGAGAGGUAGAGGAUGAAGACCUAUAUGAUAAUGCUGGGUCCCAUAUCUCUACGUUAGGUGAUGUGUUGGAUACAAGCGAUGAAAAGCUCCACCGUACGCCCUCAUUAUUAUUUCAUGGACCAGACAGCCUACAUAUGGAUCCGAUCGUGGAACGGCUGUCUCCCUUGUAUGGAACCUUUGCAGCACCAGAUUUCGUCAAUAUCUCUAUGAAAGGUCGUUCUCCCGAGAACAUUUUGUCGGUUUGGAAGAACAUCGUUUGUUCAAUUGGGAACCCCAACGAAAUUCAGAUCCCAUUGGUCAAAACAGAAGUUAUGUUAUGUCUCUUCGAUAUUUGGGACUUGUUGAAUCAGAUAAGGACCUCACAGCCGCUGGAUGCAACGGUGAUUCCACCAUUAUAUGAUUUCGCGCCUUGGUUCUUUGAGGCGGCUAACAGCACCAGUGAUGGUGGUGUUGGGUUGCCUGCCAUCUAUGGUGGACUCUGUCGAAUGAUGAGUCGUCGUUACGAUCAGGACUUUGACCCUGAGUACUAUCAGUUGUUCUAUAACAGUGUCAUUCAGGGACUGAAACUUGAUGAUUCUAUGAUCGUGCAUUCGAUUCUUGCAAACAGUAGUCGGCUUUUCACACUGUCCCUUCCUGGAAGCCAUAUCCUUGUCCUUCCCUUCUUGACAGCCAUCCGUCAAAUGCUCCUUAAGGACGAACACUUACGGGAUGGCGUUAAUCAUUUCAUCCGGAAGCAGGCUAUCGCCAUUCUCUGUUCUGUCAGCAUGUUGUUUUACGAUUUCGGGUAUCAGAAUGCUAAUGAACACAGUAAAGAUAAUAGUGACGAUCAGCAGAAACAAGGGCCACUGCACAACAAUGCGUCCGCUUCGCUUUCAUCCAACAAAACAACUGACCUUUUGGCUCAUAAACUGACAUUUACACGCCUGGUCCUUGAUUUGACUUUGGCGGAAGCCAAUGUCAAACCCUUGACCAAGUUCUGGGACACACAUAGCAUGCUGAUUCAACUAUGCGGCAUGUUAGUCAUUAAUGAGUGGAGCUCCAGUUUAGCCACAUGUGAUAUCAGUGCAGAGAGCGAUCUUUUAUCAUUGGUCUUGGAUCAUUUGUACUGGACCGAAGCGAGCAUUGUACAGAGUGCUGUUGAAGUAAUCACCACUCUAGCAGGCAUGUAUCAAGAUCAUGAAGACAACGGCUGGAUUAUUCUCGAAAUGGUGCUCUCUCAUCUUUUGAGUGCAAUGCAAGAGCAUCUUAAGUUAUUCCAGAGCGAUGCUCGACGUGGAGCAACGAUUGCAACUUUUUACCGCUGCCUCAUCGAAUGGCUUAUGGUUAUUCCAGCCAGAGCCUUCUCAGAGACAGAACUCUCCAAGUGGGCAUUUGAAUUAAUUGAAACUGGACUUUUGUGUGGACCUGAUUCGACCGGAGAGAAUGAUCGAAAACGUGCUCUCCAGGCUGCAAAACAGCAGUAUCAGCAAAACGAGCAUAGCCAACAGUACUAUCACCAAAGGCAAUCGCAGCAACGGAAGCGAGGUCCCAGCUUCAAGUACACUGGGAAGACAAUUCACCAUCACCAUCGCGUCAUGGUCAACGCUGGACCUGCAUAUGACGUCGAGGCAGAACAGCUGGUUGUUAAGGAAGCUGCAGAGGCUACUUUGAUACAUUUAAUUCAUUUCAUGAACAACUUUUCAUCCCAUACUGGAUCUGAGCGUCCUGCCAUAGCCAUGGGUUUGGAUAAGACAAGUGGUAAAGGCGAGCUGAACGGCAUCCGACAUAAUAACAAUAACAGCCCUAACAGCAAGAGGGAUAGCGAGCUGGAGACCCAGAGGAUCUUUGCACUAAAUGACUCGAUCUUGAUAACACUCGAGGAAAUCCCUCCAGUAGGGCCAAUGGGGCUUCAUCGAACUCGCGUAAUUAUUCGAGAUGAAACAGGGCGUUACGCAUGGGACUCUGAAAUAUUUUACAAGGAGAUGCUUGAGAUUGAAGAAAGCAAUAGGCCUCGAUCUGUACAGCGGACGGGGUCGCGGCUGAGUGAACGAUUUGGAUCAAGUCCAAGGAGACGCAAGAAGGAAAUGGCCAGUCAGUUGGUUUGGCGUGAAGGGAUCAAGAUACGUGAAGAUGAAGUCCAUAGUGCAUCACGAGUCAGCAAUUCUGCAUCGAUCAUACCUUCUUCUGCCGCUACCUCUCCAGAAGCGUACCAUCCUCCUAGCCUUGAGUCUUUGCUCUGGGAUGGAGGCGCGUCUUCUAGAAGUGAUGGCGAUAUGUUGGAUCGACUCCUAUGUUAUAUUGGUGAUAUGCACCCAGAUUGUCUGUUUGAUGGCAAAACACCCCUGAAUCGACUCAAUAACGGUAUGACUCUAUCGACAGAGUCAGGAAAUACUGAUAAUUAUUUUGGUAAUGGCAUAGGCAGCCAUAUGAAUAGCAGUAGCAAUAAUGGCCAUGGGUUUAAUGGCAGCACUGUCAGUCCAGGCGGUCGCAAGAGAUCAACCAUUGAUUUCGAGCUGAACAGACAUGUUCAGGAAGAAAACUAUUAUACCCGGAUCUCAGAUCCACAGGCACGUGCAUGGUACGACAAGUUAUUAGAACUGCGAUCCAGCCUAAUUCAAACAGAUGAUGACAUAGAGGAGCACAGUAACACACUCAUGGCCUUGGUCAUCAACUCCAGCUCAGAGUCCAAAAGAGGGGAUAGCCAGAUAAAACAAGAAGACUCUGGAAAUACGGAUGUGUCACUAAGACAAAUAGAUAAUGGCAUCCCUUUGUCACAUAAUGAGCUUUACAAUCGUGCGAAGCGCUAUUCAGGACGGCGUAUCAGCCAAAAUAGCCUACAGGAUCUUCAAGCUGGUGCCACCACGGCCUUAGAACUAGAUGGUGCUCUCAAGAGCAAUGAAAAGGAUGUGCUCGCAGCAGGAUUGCUCAAGGAGGAUGCUACCAACAUGGCGAAGGCAUUUCAACUUGUUCUUCCGCCGGAACCGGAGCGACCACUCGAUAGUUAUCAGCAUAGCCGUUUGUUACUGAGCCAUUUAGGACUCCUAUGUUUUGACAGGUUCCAAGAACAUAAUUUCGUGUUACUAAACCAAACCGCAUCGCUUAACAGGGAUCUAAUAAGCCUUGACAAGAAAUCUGGACGCGAGACUUUCAAGAUCGCUAUUCUGUAUGUGGCAGCAGGUCAGGAAGGUGAAAAGAUGAUUCUACACAACUCUAAGGGCAGCACAGCUUAUGACCGAUUCGUCCACGAUUUGGGCUGGGAAGUGGAUUUGGCCGAACAUAAUGGUUACAUGGGCGGCUUGGAACGUAAUGGGUCUAACGGGCGUACAGCAAUGUACUACUGCUCUUCAACGCUCGAGGUACUCUUCCACGAGGUAGUUCGGAUGCCAACAGAUCCCAAUGAUCCUAGACAAGUCAAGAAGAAACGGCAUGUUGGUAAUGAUCAUGUCCAUAUUGUUUGGUCGGAGCAUUCCAGGCCUUACGACCGUAGUACCAUUGGCGGCGACUUUGGAAACGUAGUCAUUGUAUUGACACCUAUUCCGGAUAUUCAGGUCGACCAAGGAGUGCUGACAAUCCAUCGCCCGUCCGCCAAACAUGAGGGCUCUGGCCUUGUGUCUGUUGAGGUCAUCCGUGAUACAAAUCUCCCAGUAUUUGGACCGCUAGUCGAUGGUAUGGUUGUACCCAUGGCUCAAUUAGGACGAUUGGUUCGCCAGACUGCAAUUCAUGCGGCCAGGUUGGCUACAGCGCCACCACCGCUCCCUCCAACGCCUAUGUCAGCACCAUAUACAGGGCCUGGAAGUACCUUUGGAAGUGCAGUCGGAUCAAAUUCAGGAGUCAAUAACAACAACACGAGUUUCGGAAAUACUGGAGGUAUAGGUUCUGGCCCCAGUGGGGUAAGUGUGUCAGGUCAGCGUGGGUACCAUUCACAACCCAUUUCAAGUUCGCAGAUUAAUGCAGCAAUACAUGGACAUCAGUAUUAUCUUUCGAGCCCUUUUACUCAUGUGGGAACCCCUUCUGUGCAACACGGCAGCGGAAGUGGGACUGCGGUUGGGGGUGCCCAGAAUACGGUUGGAGUUUCGUCAAGUAGUGGUGCAGGGGCCAUGACUGGGUCAUCAACGAACUUGCUGGCCGCAGUAACUGUCACGCCUGUCUCGGGCACAAGUCCUAGUUCUGGAACAAUUAGCGACACUCUGGUAGCAGGUGGUCAUCUGACAGCCAGUGCCAGUACCAGUACUCUGGGAAAUGUUGGAAGUGGACCCAAAGCAGCGUCUGUAUCAUCACUUGUUAGUAAUUCUGGAAGUAUUAAUGACGGAGUUAGUCGGAACAACAGCGGAUCAUCUAACCAAGACCAAGGAAGCCAAGCGAGUGGAGCGGCUAACAAUAAUAAUGGCUCGCAGUCAGGCAUCAAUAGUUUGUCUAUGUAUGGUGCUAUUGGGUCAUCAACAGGAGGAGCAGGAGGAUCAAUGACGACGCUCACCAGCAUAUUGGCGCAACCUCAGCAGCAACCAUCCUCAUUAACAGGUCAGCAAGGUGUGUCGGGGUCUACCAACACCAAUGCUAAUACGACAAUGUCAUCAACAUUCUCUGCCUCUAUGUUAGCCAUGACUCAUAGUGCACAUCCAUUCAAGCAACGGUUGUCGGCAAUUGAGCAGAUUGUAAAGCGGCAUAAGGUGGAGAAGUGGACGUUCCAGCAGUUUAUGGAACAAGUGUUUGGAUACUCCACAUUACAGCACUCUCAAAAUCAGUCCAGGAAAUAUUAAUGGAAGGAUUGAAAAAGCCUUACUUUUUUACUUUUACUCUUUUUUUUAAUUACCUUACUUCUUAAUAAUUUGUGCUUUCUUUACUUUGC